AUGUUCUCGCCCACCGGCUACACAAUGUCCUCGGACAGCCUCCUGGCUGCUGUCGACCUUCCUGCCGGCGCCCUCUUCUGUCCGCCCUCUCGGUCACAUCAUCAUGUCGUUUUGCGGAAAGACAAGGACGUCUUGCUUGGCUUCGUGGAGCAUGAGGAUGUUGGAACAGUGGACGAACACUUGGAACUCGCCCGGGAUCCCUACUUGAACAGAUACGCACAACCGGAGCCUACUCAGCUCACGAUAUCCGAGAGGAAAGAGGACCAGCAGUACCCGUCCUAUCACGAAGCACUGCGCGGCGACGAAGAUAUAGGGCAGCUGGUCACCAAGCUUGGCACUGCUGUAAGCACCAAGAUGAGAUAUCCCGCGAGGGUUGAUCUCGACUCCAUACACAGUCUAUACGCGGCGCUUCCGGAACCUCGGAUGAUAUAUAUGCCGGCAAAGCUGCGCCAUCGCUUGCUCAAGAUCUUUGGCACACCACUCAAGAAGGAGACGCAGACGAUGCUUCGGUACUUCUCCCUCAUCGGUGACGCGAAGGAUUGCGGGAUUGCACUGCGACAAAGCGAAUGGAACCAUGCCUUGGCCCUGGCAAGCAGAUAUGUUGGAAGAGUCACGGAUACCGAAGCCGAGGCUGCUCUACAACUGUGGAAGGAGAUGGAAAAGCUGUCUGGAGUAAAGGGGAACGCUGUCACUUUCAACAUCCUUUUCGACGCGGCGUCCAAGGCGGGAAACUUCGCACUGGCCGAGAUGCUCUACGAGGAGAUGAAGAAGCGCGGAUAUAGCUUCAACCGCUUUCACCACGUAAGCCUGAUUCAUUUCUUUGGGCUCCGCGAAGAUCCCGACGGUGUCCGGGCUGCAUAUAAGGAAUUGGUGGAGGCCGGGGAGAUGGUCGACACCGUGGUGCUCAACUGCGUCAUCUCUAGCUUCCUGAGAUGUGGGGACGAGGAUGCGGCGCUGAAGGUGUACGGUUACAUGAAGGACAGCUACUCGGCGGCUGCCAAGAUACCCCUGAUGGACCAUUCAAUGGAGAAGGCCAUACCAGAGCUUCGACAACAGCUGCAAGAGCUCGCACAUGAGACUCCGGAUAUGCGAACGUACCGCAUCCUGAUUAAGCAUUUCGCCAUUACAAAGGGAAACUUGAGUAAGACUGCUCAGUUUCUAGACGAGAUGCCACAGUUCGAGGUGCUGGUUCACGGCAGCAUCUUCCUUGCCAUAUUUGAAGGGUUUAGCAAGUACGGCGCAUCUCCAUUCUCUCCCUGGACAGGUGAACGGCUUGAGAAUGUCUUGACUGCGCUGUUUGAGGCGAUUGACAACAAAGUCCAGGGUCUAAGACUUGAUACCUGGCUCAUGAUCUGGGCUCUUCGGGCCUUCAUGAAAUGUACAAAUAACGAAAAGGUCUUGGAGGUGUACGAAGAAUUCAAAAAGAGAUGGCAAUUGGCGCCGGACAGGGCGGACUUUAUGGAUCAUUAUCUCGCCAGACUCAUGGACGGGAAGGAGUCAUUCAUCUCUCGGCAUGGGCCGGGACAGCAGAAGAAACACAAGGCAGUCAGGAAACGGCCUAUGUAA